UUCUCCUCCGGAUACCUCAGAGCAGCGAGGGUGGUGUUGUGUCUCGUGCGGGUUCACUGGACGAGGCUUUUAAUGAGAAUUUUUCAUCAUCAGUGCGUGUGGCAGCCACGGGGCGCCCGGUCUGUCACAGAUGCUUGGCCCCUUCGACCAACAUUUGCGCGUUUUUAAGGUCGCGGGGAUAAGGUUGACACAUUUUGAGUGUUUCCUUGGAUGUCAUUGUGAGGUGUUUUUUUUCUGUGCAUGUUUUUUUCUUUUACUUUAGGAGAUAUGCCAAAAAUUUGGUGAGCACAAGUCAUUUUUAUUCGUGCGUAAAAGCCGUGCAGUACCGACGCUAUGUUCUUUCAGUGAAUCAAAGCUAGGUAAGUUUUGAGAUGCACCGUGGAGCUUCUGUUUGACGGAGAAUUGACAUCUUUUGGUAACACGUCGGACUAUGAAAAUCAGAUUUUGUUUCUUUAAAAAGUGGCGAGCCUGGAGAGUCUGGUAUUUCUCACUCUGAAUCUGAUUGCUGCGCUUUUGUGACCCCUCAUCCUGUGUUGUAGUUAAAACGAUGUUUUUAUGCAACACGAGCGCCAUAAAGGACUGGAGCUAUUUUCUGUCUCAGAUACUGCCUCUGAUGAAUAAAACUACAGGUUUGGUGAACAUGGACAAAGCGGAGGAUGUGACGACCACCAUGGUGACCGCUUUGCAGCCGGACAGCGCCAUGAGCGCCAGUAACCCUCCUCUGAACUCCAACCAUACCUCAGGCAUGGAGCACAUCUUUCAUUACUCUUACUCUGAGAGUGACCUGCUGUACACGGACUAUCGGACUCCUGCACGAGACCCCAUCCAGCUGCCUAAAGCGGUUCUCUACCUGGUGAUGGCAGCGCUGGUUGUGGUGGCUGUGGCAUAUGCGAUAGUUGGACACCUGGUUAAAGACGUGGUCAAUGAUUUUGUCGGUGGAGGCAGGCCCAUUGUUGCUGAAGGUGGCAGCGGCGGAACCAGUGAACCAGCCUGGGUGUUUGGCUCUCGUCGUGUCCCGGACCAUAGCAAGAUUGAGAUAAACUGCAUCACCAACAACAUGAGCGAGAUGACUGAGUUGGGUGAGCAUCACUGGCUGGAGGAAAUGAACUAUAUAUCUCUGAACCACUCAAACUGCCUGAGCUCCAACAGAGUGGAGGACGUAGUGGUCACCGUGGAUGAGACGCUUCAGCAGCGACCUCCGGACACUCACUCUGGGACCUAACUGUCACUGUCCAACCUUUCCUGUGUGAAAUACAGCAGCGUAUUGGCUUCUUAUAGUGGAUUCACAAGUCUGUCAUGGAUUUAAGCUCUAUCCACUGUUUUAUCUACUGCAGGUUGGUUAAGAUACCUGUGUACUGUUGAGAAAACAGGGACUCUGACUCAACUUGUACUGAAAUUGGAUACAUCAGGCUCUGAUAUUUGACUCAGAAUGGACUCCUUUUUUGCGGAGAGAAAUGGAGGGUAAAACUUUUAUUGAACAAGCAGACUGAGAAGAAAAGGCUUGUUUCUUUGUUGUUGUUUUUUCUUCUUCAGUGUUCUGCCCUUUUUUGGAGCUGUGAAAAUACCACGCCGUUCAUGCGACCACAAACAGAACAGAAUAAAUACACCACACAC